GUAGCGGAGGUCCAGAGUUUGAAAUCGAAAGUGCUCGGCUGGAGAGCUGCUGGCUGGUUCCUGCCGGACGCGUCCGCUCUGGUGAAGACGGUGGCGUUCCUGGCCGCCCAGGUCGGGGAGUCUUCUGAAGGGCUGUGGUGCUCGCCACUCGCGUGGCGUCUAACACAAUGUUUGAAGACGAACUGGCGCUUUUUGAUAAAAGCAUAAAUGAAUUUGGAGAAAAGUUCAGAAACAGCCUCAUUGGCAAUCCUAGUCAGGUGCUGGGGGUUAGAGAUGCCUUCAGGGACUCCAUUAGAGCACUUUCAGAAAAGCUGUCUCUGAAACUCAAGGAAGAAGAAAGGAUGGUGGAGAUGUUUUUGGACUAUCAAAAUCAGCUCUGUAAGCAGAAUAAGCUCAUUCAAGAAAAAAAAGAUAACCUGUUAAAGAUGGUUGAUGAAGUAAAAGGCAAGAAGCAAGAAUUGGAAGUGCUGAUAGCAAAUAUCAAGGACCUUAAGGAAGAGUAUUCUAGGAAGAAGGAAACCAUUUCCACUGCUAACAAAGCUAAUGAAGAUAAACUGAAACGCCUGCAGAAAUCAGCGGACAUGUACAGAGAUUGCCUUGGACUGGAAAUUAGGAAGGUUCCUGGUGAUAAAUUGCAGUUUAUAUUCACUAGUAUUGACCCUAAGAAUCCUGAGAGCCCAUAUAUGUUUUCCCUAAGCCUAAAUGAAGCUAGAGAUUAUGAAGUGUCUGACUGCUCACCUCAUCUUGAGUGCCUAGCAGAAUUUCAGGAGAAAGUCAGGAAGACCAACAAUUUUUCAGCGUUUCUUGCUAAUGUUCGGAAAGCUUUUAUAGCUACGGUUUAUAAUUGAUGUAGAAAUUAUAUGUGGCAUUUUGUUUACUUCAUUAUUGUAUAAUACCCUAAAAGAGUUUUCAUCUCUUGCCCCUCUGGUUCUUCAGUGUUUUGUGUGGUAUGAAGGAAACUAGAAUACAUCAUCCCAAACAUACACCUUUAACAUAAACCUUAUCAAAAACAGUUAAACAGCAGCAGAGUUAGAAAACUGCUGUGCCCUCCCUCAAUUUGCCUAAACACUGGACCUAAAAUGUUAAAGGUGUCUAGCCUCAUACCCACAAAAAGAGGGGAGUUAACCACUAAAAAGAUCUUCUACCACUUCAGACAUGGCACCACCGGAGAAAUGGACAAGCUUACUUCAUUAACUUACUCCCAUAAAUUUAUUCUCCAUAAUUCCCCAUCUGUGGAAGCCAAAAGUCAAAUCCGCUGUCUGUCUUGUCAGGCCUGUAAAAUCCAACUGUUCUCUGUUGAAGAUGCUGUGUAAACUUGAGUUCUAAGCCUGUUUGGAGUUCUGUUUGGGUUCUCUCUACAGUGUACAUGCAUGUGUUAAUAAACUUGAUUAGUUUUCUCUUGUGAA